CCACCACCAGCUCGCAAUCCACAAUGGCCGAUUUCGUAGAUCGAGCAGCACGAGAAGACAAUGACGACGUUUCGGACGCCGGAUCUAUUCGCGGUGAAGACGUCCCGCGAGCUGUAGGCUCCGACAACGAAGACGACAACAACGACGGCAAUGACAAUGAGAACGGUAACGGUUCGGGCGACGACUCUUCAGAAGAGGAGGAUGAAGACGACGAUGAGGAAGCCGCCCGGAAAGUUCGGGAGGGCUUCAUCGUCGACGACGAAGAAGAGGAAGAAGUCGAGGACGACGAAGGAAACCUGAGACGUCGCAAGAAGAAGAAGAGAAAGCUCGUCGACGAAGAACGCGAUGAACUCGAUGAAGACGACCUCGACCUCGUCGCUGAAGCGACCGGCCGCGAACGACCACGCGAUUCCGGGGGAAAUAAGUUGAAACGACUCAAGCGUCGCAAGGAAGAUCGUGAAGAACGUGCUGAUGCUGUCCGUGCGGCCGGGUUGGACAACAUGUUCGAUGACGACGAAGAUGAUACAGCCGCUGUCGGAGCUGAACUCGAUGAUCUGGACGACGUACGCGAAAACCGUGUUUCGCGCCUCGAAGACGAGUUCGCGGAUUUCAUCGAGGAAGACGACCUCGAUGAGGAACUUCUCGCCGAAGAACGUGAGACGCGGCCUCCACAACCUCAAGUCAAGGCUCCGCGUCCAAGACCCGGGUUCGCGGGUUCCAUGGCCGGGAUCGACGAAGAGGGUAUGCAAGAAGUCUUCGAGCUCUUCGGUGAUGGGCAGGAGUACGAGUGGGCUCUCGACGGUGCACAGGAUGAUGAGGGGCCUGGUGAUAUGGAUAUUGACCCACAAGACCCCGGAGCAUCUCAGGGCGGCAAGAAGGAAUUAGGAUUGAAAGAUGUCUUUGAGCCUGAGGAGCUAAAGGCGAGGAUGUUGACGCGUGAGGAUGAUAUUAUCCGCAUGCAAGACGAGCCUGAACGCUUCCAAGAACUUCGUGCCGGAUUCACGCAACCCCUCAUCUCCGAUUCCGCACUCGAUGAGGAGACAGACUGGAUCUUCCCCCAAUUCCCAAUCUUCUUUGAACAGAUCGACCCGGAUUGGCUCACCCCACACGUUCGGAAAGCGAUACGUAAGGUCCUGGAGUUCUUGAAUGUGGAUUUGUUGGAGGUACCAUUUAUCUGGGCGCAUCGGAGGGAUUAUUUGUUGUUUGUUGAGAAGGAUUCGGUUACGGGACGCUUUUUGAAGGAGCAUCGGCUGUUGAAGAAGUAUCAUUUGUGGUGGGUGCUUGCGAUGGAUACGCAGUACCGUGCUAUUCUGGAGAAGAAGGCUGCUGUGCAGUCCUUGUUCCAAGGGUUGGGCGUCGAGGAUGAGAUGGUGGAGGAAUCGACGAGAGGCGCGGAGACGAUGGAUGACUGGAAUGAUCUCUCGGAUUACAUCCACUUCCGCUACGCAGAGCAAAUCCGCGACUCGAACAUCACUGCAGGCUCCACCGUCCGCAGACCACGCAGCACAGUCAGUCUCUUCGACAAAAUCCGCAACGGCGAAAUCUACUACCUCGUCCGCGCUUUCGGUUUGUCAGCCGAGAACUUUGCCGUCAAUGUUGCGGAGAAUGAGAAGAGGUUCUUCACGGAUGACAUUGAGGCUUUGCCGGAGGUGUCCGCGGAACAAUACGUUAAGGCGCCUGAGUUCCCGACCGCCGAGGCUGCAUUGAAGGCGUGCAGGGAUAUGCUGAGUGAGGAGAUUUGGACGAAUCCUGCUGUGAGGAAGAAUAUGCAAAAGUUCUUUGUGGCAAGUGUGAGAGUCCGCGUGGUACCCACUGAGAAGGGUAUUAGGCAGAUUGAUGAGGAGCAUUUGUACUACAAAUUCAAGUAUCUUAGGGAUCAGACUGUCGGAGAUCUCGUGCGUGCGCCCGAGCAGUAUUUGCAGAUGUUGCAGGCCGAGACGGAGGGGUUGGUGAACGUGUUGCUCGAGGUCGGUACCAGGCAAAAGGCGAUGCAUUUCGAGAGUUUGUUGAGGUUGUUCGUGAGUGAUGGUUCAUCCGAAGUCGCCGACAAGUGGAACGAGCAGCGCCGGAAGGUUCUGGAGGAGGUUUUUGAUAAGACCAUCCCGCAUAUGGUGAAGAACAUGAAGGAGAGGGUAAAAACGAUGUGUGAGGAUAAACUCGCGAUGGAUGUUCAGGAUGCUUUUACCAAGAAGCUAGAUCAGCCGCCGUUUUUGCCGAGGGAUAGUACGGAGGAGAAGGGUGUUAUUCCGCGUGUUAUUGCGGUUAGCAGUGGUGCUGGUGAUUUUGGGAAGGAAGCGACGUUGGUGGUUUAUGUUGAUGAACAUGGGCAGACAAAAGCAAACCUCAAACUCAGAGAUAUCCGCGAUCCUGAUGCAAGAGCCGAGUUUGUACAAAUGGUUAGGAGAUACAAGCCUGAUGUCAUCGGUGUUGCGGGAUGGGGUGUCCCAACUUCCAGACUAUUCCUCGAUGUUAGGAGGAUUUCGGAGGAGGAGAGGUUCGAGAGGUGUGAGGUGCAGUUUGUUGAUGAUCACACGGCAAGGCUUUAUAAGGAAUCCCAACGUGCGAAGGAAGAUCAUGCCGAUUUGCCGCCGCUUGCGAGGUAUUGUGUAGGGUUGGCCAAGUACUUGCAGAGUCCUUUGAUGGAGUAUGCGGCUAUGGAGAUUGAUGGAUCCCUAUUCAGUGUCAAAUUCCACGAGUACCAGGAUUUGUUGCCGAUUGAAAAGAGGAAGAGGGCGUAUGAGUGUGGUUUCGUGGAUAUUGUCAACAUGGUCGGUGUGAUGAUCAACGAUGCUGCAAGGGAGACUUAUCGUGCGAAUUUGUUGCCUUUUGUCGCGGGGUUGGGGAAGAGGAAGGCGCAGGGUCUGUUGAAGAAGAUUGCCCUCAAUGGCGGGUAUCUUACCAACAGGCGUGACCUUGUGGAACAGAGGAUGGCGGCUCAGCAUGUUUUCUUGAAUUGCGCAAGUUUCUUGAGAAUUCCUUAUGAGUCGAAGGCUUACCGCAACGAUGGUGCUGAGGCUCUCGAUGCUACCCGCAUUCACCCAGAAGAUUACGAGUUGGCUAGGAAGAUGGCUGCUGAUGCGCUUGAGUUGGACGAGGAGGAUCUUGAUGAGUUUGAGGCCACUGGCGGUGUCGUUGCUCACCUCUUCACCAACAAGGAUGAUGCCAAGAAGCUCGAUGAGCUUAUUCUGGAGGAUUACGCGGAAGAGCUCGAGAAGGCUAUUGGUGUUCCUAAGCGUGAUACCCUCGAUAUCAUCAAGGACGAGCUCAUGAACCCAUACGCUGAGAGGCGUUUCGAGUUCUUGGUCCCCACUGCUAAGGCUGUGUUCAACAUGCUUACCGGUGAGACUGAAAAGACCUUCCACGAGGGCGUUGUCGUCGCUGCCAGCAUUAAGCGGUUGGGCGAUAGGUAUGCUGUCGCUACGCUUGACAACGGCGUGGAGGGUAAUAUCUCAGUUGCGGAAAUGAAGGAUGAAGUCCGGAAUAGGUACGGUGAACCCGUUGAAGUUGUUCCUUCUCAGGUGUUUACCAUCGAGCAGACUGUCCGUGCUGUCGUGAUCAGCAUUGACUACGAGUUCUUCCGUUGUGAGCUUUCUACUAAAGAGAGUCGCGUCAAGCAAGCUAUGAGGGACAGAGUCGAGAGGGCACGACCUCGCGGAGAAGAUUGGGAUGAGGAUGCAGAAGCCGCUGAUCGCCGACGGAUCACGGCGAAGCGGGAUGCGAACCAGAGAACGGCUAGAGUCAUCAAGCAUGUUCUGUUCCAUCCUUUCAACACGAAGCAGGCCGAGGAUUACCUCGCUCCCUUGGGUAAAGGAGACGCAGUCAUCCGUCCUUCGUCUAUGGGUUCGGAUCACCUUGUCAUCACUUGGAAGAUCGAUGAGAAUGUGUACCAACACAUAGACGUGCUCGAGCUCGAGAAGGACAAUGAGUUCUCUUUGGGUAAGAUCCUUAGGAUCGGUAACCAGAACUAUUCCGACCUGGAUGAGAUCAUCGUCGCUCAUGUGAGGGCUAUGGCCCGUAAAGCUGAAGAGUUGAUGGCACAUGAGAAGUACAGGGGUACGCCAUCUCAAGCAGAGCAGUGGCUGAACACCUACUCUGAAGCCAAUCCGAAGAGGUCCGCAUAUUGUUUUUCAAUCGAUUCUCAGCAUCCUGGUUGGUUCAUCCUCAUGUUCAAGGUUAACCCUGCGACGAGGAUCCAGAAGUGGUCCGUCAGGCUGGCUCCGAAUGCCUAUAUGAUGCAGAAGGUGCCUUAUCCGGAUGUCCUGAGUCUUUCUAAUGGAUUCAAGAGAAUGUAUGCCUCGCAAAAGGGGAGAGGCAGCAGGAUGUGAGGAAGCCGAGUCCAUGAAUGGGUGUAAAAUAGUGGUAGCAUCUUGGCAAUUGCGGGU